AUGGGACAGUCCUCUUCAACGCAACGGAAUAAUCGUCACAGUACCUCCUCAGAACGCUUUUUGUCUUUCCACGCGCAUCGAAGUCGGCUCCAUAGGAAUGAAGAUAUGAAUCACGGACGCAACUCGGAUCACACGGGGGACUUUGAUCCCCCACUAGGAGCGGAACCAAACAAUGAUGAUAUGCAGUAUGAAACGACCGGAGUCGCUCAGCCGAACCUUUGGCAGCCAUUGAUGUCUUCACUCGGAGAUCAGCAGCAGAUGAGGAGCAUACGGGAGGAGGACGCCUCACAGCUGGAGCAAAGCCAGCGAGACAGUCGCCCAGCCAUCCUCGCUCGUAUGGCAGCGAGAAGACAGUCCACAAUGUCCCGUCUGGGCUCUAGAAUCUUGCCCAACUCCGUCAUCCGUGGCCUGCUAAGCAGCGAGGAGGAAACACCCGCGGAAGGUCACGCCCACCGCCAUGGGAUCGUGUCAAGAUCAGUUCCCAGGACCGAGGCUACGCACAGCAGCAGUCGCUUCAGCCCGUUCAGUGGGAUCUCCAGACGACGAUCAGCACGUGGGCCCUAUUACAUUCCUCGCAGUGACCCUCUUCUUGACCCCUCCAGUCCCGAGGCGUAUCUCGCCACGCCAGGAAAUAGUUCUGAGAACACCAGAAGCCCCUGGCGACGGAGCGCUCGACUCAACCGUAUGCGAAACUCAAUCUCAGGUCCUAUUACACAUAUGUUUGGACAGUCCCCGAAUAUCUCAGGCCCGGACCUUGGCCCGACGCCGCAGUUACCUUUGGUGGGAUCACUUCCUGGUGAAGACCACGAAGGUCUACUCCCGUACCCAACAGCUAUGGAUACACGGAUGGACUUUGAUGAGCCUCACGAACUCGAUUCGGUGGAACCAGCAGUGGGUACUUCCCGCCCAACCUCUCCCAUGUCGCAGUCAGCGCAGGGCUCGCCCGGAUCACUCCCGGACUCAUUGCGAUUGAGGUCUUCGCGCCUGCUACGCCGGGAGGAAUCAACGCCUCUGUCACGUGUACUUCAACUGGCAGCUGCCGCAAUCGCUGCGCAACUUUCUGGGACGGCCGGACCUGUCAUGCCCAAUAUCCAAGCUCUUGGUAACGAUGGUCUCGAUGGGUCGCUCGAGAACUUUAUACAAAGCUUGCAGCAUGCAACAUCCGCACAACAGUCUACACCCACGGAUGCAUCGAACCACAUAGGGGAUUCUGCUCCUCAAACUCCGGUCAAUCUUCUGAGGGUCUUCCGUUUUGCUAAUUCUGAUAAUGCUCGGCCUAGCGGCACCGCAGAUCGCCCAGGUGCAGAGAACGAUAAUGCAGGAGGUGCAGGUGCCCGAGUGGAUAUUGACGGCGCUACCGAGGGACCUGAGGGCCGUACUGUUACUUUGGUUGUGGUCGGUGUUCGUUCAGUCCCCUCAGGCAAUGGCUCCACCGCGGAACAGGGAGGCAACCCGGCUCCUGGGCUGGAUGCGCUGCUUCGUUUGCCAUUCUUGACACCUGGAAACCUGGCACGAGGCCAGGAUAACAACCAAACCAUGCCAUUACGCGGUGAUGGCCGACCAAGGUUGCCGCAGCUCCGCCUUCGACCCCGCAGCAAUGGUGCACCUAGCGCGGGCGAAUCAUCUUCUCAUGGCACUCUACAUCCCUCGCGGCGAUUCUCUGAUACGGCCAGCCGGGCUCCACUCUCAUCGGUUCCUUCCAUUCUAUCAGAGAGUCCUCCAGGGCCCAAUCCACCCCCGUCAACGCCAGCCGAGCCGGGACUAUCGGCCGUGUCAUCCGGCGCCUCUACCCCAAGUCGAAGACCCUCUGCCGCAUCCGCGAUGCCUCCCAGCGUCUUACCCCAGCUUGACGAGGAUCGGACAUUACAGCCGACGGCCGAGUCGGUCGAGGACGACGUUCCACCCACCACAACACGUCAACGACGUCGUAGUGACUCGGAGUACGCGCGCCACCGUGAUUUAGGGUCUGGUGCUGUCAGACGCAACGGUGUGGUAGAGCCGGACAACGGCACACCUCCUACGGGCAGAAGCUGGCUGAUCUACGUUGUCGGGACCAAUUUGUCAGAAAAUCAUCCUGCAUUUGCUACUCCAAGUCUUUUCACAGAUGUAAGAUCGACCACUCGUAUGAGACUCCCGUCCAUGACUGACAAGCUGCAGAACCCAACAUAUGAAGACAUGAUCUUACUCUCCUCUCUCCUUGGACCGGUCAAGCCGCCUGUUGCUAGUCAAGAAGAUCUCACGUCGGCUGGCGGUAUGUUUCGGCUUGUCGAAUAUGGAGGCACUUUGAUUGCGGAGGCUCUGGAAGGGACUGGUAACAUCCAGCUACCCGAGGGCGAACGUUGCUUGAUCUGCUUGAGUGACUACGAGGUGGCGGAUGAGCUUCGGCAAUUGACCAAGUGCAAGCAUUUAUUUCACCGCGAUUGCAUAGACCAGUGGUUGACAACAGGUCGAAAUUCUUGUCCCUUAUGCCGUGGCCAGGGUGUGGCGGAGACUUCUAACAAUGAAUCGGCCACAGAGACGCCGGACGCCACAGUAGCGGGAUGA